AUGUUGGCACCCAAGCAAUAUUCUGCACCGGGUGCACCCUCGCAGACACCGACCGCAUACCACAAUACUGCACAGAGACCGGCGACGGCUACCAGAGCCCAGGAAGGAAUGGCAUUCGCCAGCCCCACCAAAUCUGAUCUGUCAGAGGGACAAGAUGAUCUUGCAUCGAUCCGGGCAUGGGAUGAGAAGAAAGUAGCGGCCUGGCUUCACAGCAUCAAGUGUGGGCAAUAUGAGUCGCUAUUCAGAUCCAACAAUUUCAACGGAGACAACCUGCUCGAAUGCGAUCAAAAGAUCUUACAGGAGUUGGGUAUCAAGAAGGUGGGCGAUCGAGUGCGCAUCUUCGUCGCCAUCAAGCAACUCAGAAACAAGUCCGGAACGACCUCGCGACAGAAAAACAUGAAUACCCUAGCUGCCCUCGAAGCCACAGCCCUCUCCAACUCCUCCCGCUACUCCCAUUCCCGCCUACCCUACCGACGCACAUCUCAGCUGGCUGAUGAUGGUUAUCUACCUGGGUCACCACCUGCUGGCGACGAAAGAGGGCCAUGGCGCAAAGACUACAACCAUCCAUCAUCAGGCGGUUCAAGUUCCGGUCGAAACCCCGGGACUCCCAACGAAAACAGGGGGAGCUCUCAUCCUCGAAACCCCAGUCUGGAUGGUCUCACGAUGGGACCUCUGCCGUCAAAUUCACCCGUCAUUCGGGUCAUCUACACGGGUGGUCAAACCAAGGUCUUGGAUAUCCGAAAUUGCGCCACACCAGACGAAGUCAUUCUAUGCGUGUUGAAGAAACUACAACUUCCAGAACACCAGUACCGAAACUAUUGUUUCUAUGUGCUAGAUGGGCUUGAUCCGGACUUGUCAAAUUGCCGCAAGCUUGCCGAGAAUGAGCUGAUGGAUAUCUGCGAGAGUCAAAAUCGGUCCGAGCGCGGCCGUUUAAUCCUUCGAAAGACUCACGCGGGUGAGCCAGACCAAGAUGAGCUCCGUCGUGCUUCGCAACUGGCAUAUGAUGAAAGCCAGGCCACACAUCAGCACGCUAUGAACAACUCCAACCAACGCCAGAAACACAAGAUCCAGCAACUUACCGGCGAAUCUUGGCAAAAUAUCAAACAACCACACUCUCCCCUGGGCCCCCGACAUCGCCCAUCCAACUCAAGUCUUGAAGAACAACGGGGACCUAAUGACGAACGAAACCCAGUGGCGAAGCUUCGUUCAUUCUUCGGACAAAGACCUCCUAGUGAGAUGAUUAUCCACGAACUCCAAUCAUUCUUCCCCAGUCAUGAACGCGAAAAUAUCGAAAAGACCAUGCGCAGAUCACAACGCCUCAGUCGCGCUGCUAGUCGAAUGAGCGUCGUGAGCAACUACAGUGUUGCAUCGAGCAUGAAAGAUGCACCCCCAUUACCACCCUUACCCCAACUACCUCCCAUUCCCAGUAUCGCCGAUCAAUGGCUUCAAGGCCCGGGACAUGCACAGGCAGUACGAGCACCGCGUCCCGUCUCGGUGUCUAAAUUCAAUCUACCGCAAGCUUCUUAUCGGGAUUCUAUUGCAUCUAGCACCCUUCAACCGCUUCAGGAGGAGUCGCCAAUUGAACCCAACCGCCAGUCAUACAUCUCAUUCGAAAGUAAUUCCGAUGAAGCUGAUGAACCAACCCCCAUCCGCCAGAGCUUCGAGAGUCUCAGUGGUGGCCCUACAGAUGUCAGUUCAUACAAUAACAGGAUGAGUCUCAUCGUGGCCGAGGACGGCGAAGAGGAGGACGAUGGCCUUGUUGACUUCUUGGCCGGAAACAACUUUGCCCCUAAGAAUUGGAUGAAGGGAUCUUUGAUCGGCGAGGGAUCCUUCGGAAGCGUCUUCUUGGCUCUCCACGCCAUCACCGGAGAACUCAUGGCUGUCAAGCAGGUUGAAAUUCCAUCAGCUACCAAGGGUACAGAAUUCGACCAGCGCAAGAAUCUUAUGGUCAAUGCUUUAAAGCAUGAGAUUGAGCUGUUGCAAGGAAUGUCUCAUCCAAACAUCGUGCAAUACCUUGGCACAGUCGCAGACGACCAGUACCUGAACAUUUUCCUGGAGUACGUUCCCGGAGGUUCAAUUGCCACAAUGUUGAAGCAAUACAACACCUUCCAAGAACCUCUUGUCAAGAACUUUGUUCGCCAAAUCUUGGCUGGUCUAUCAUACCUCCACAGCCAAGACAUCAUCCACCGUGACAUCAAGGGUGCCAACAUCCUCGUCGACAACAAGGGUGGUGUCAAGAUCUCCGAUUUCGGUAUUUCAAAGCGCGUCGAGGCAUCCCACCUUCUCGGUGCCCGAGCUAGUGGCAGCGGCGGUGGCCACAUCCACAGAACCUCCCUCCAGGGCAGUGUAUACUGGAUGGCCCCCGAAGUCGUCCGACAAACCGCCCACACCAAGAAAGCCGAUAUCUGGAGUCUGGGCUGUCUCGUCGUCGAAAUGUUCAUCGGUGCUCACCCCUUCCCAGAUUGCAGUCAGCUGCAGGCUAUCUUCGCCAUUGGAAGUAACAAGGCUCGCCCCCCCUGCUCCGGAGCACGUAAGCCAGGAGGCUAA